AUGUCCCGGCUCCAGAGCUCCACCGAGCUCAGGUUUUCUUCGGGGGCUGGAGGCGAGAAGGGCUUGUGGGGCCGAGUUGAGCGGCAUCGCGGGCUGGAAGUUAGCGAACCAUCGCAGCUCCAGCUGGCAGCACCACCUCCCACCGAUUUAUCCACCUUCUGCCAAGGCUCUGAAAUGCCAACUAUGUCAAGGCCUGCACUCGACGUCAAAGGUGGCACCUCACCUGUGAAGGAGGAUGCCAACCAAGAGCUGAGCUCGCUGGCUUACUCUAACCUGGGCAUGAAAGAUCGCAAAGCAGUGGCCAUUCUGCACUACCCUGGGGUAGCCGCAAAUGGAACCAAGGCCAGUGGGGCUCCCACUAGUUCCUCCGGAUCUCCAUCUCCAAUAGGCUCUCCUACUGCCACCCCUCCCAGUAAAGCCCCCCCCUUCAACCUGCACCCUGCCCCUCACUUGCUGGCCAGCAUGCAGCUGCAGAAACUUAAUAGCCAGUUGGGGCCUCGGGGGGGAGGGGCGGGCCCCCUCUCUCCCCCUGCCAGUGCCCAGAGCCCUGCUAUCAUCGAUUCGGACCCGGUGGAUGAGGAGGUGCUGAUGUCGCUGGUGGUGGAACUGGGACUGGACCGAGCCAAUGAGCUUCCGGAGCUGGGGCUGGGGGGAGAUGAAUGA